GCAUGACUCGGAUUGACAGGACGGGUGUGCUGGACUGUACUGAUCCCAGGGCCAAGCUGCCUGCUUACGGUGUAUGGUGUGUGUUGGGGAGGGGGGGGGUGGAGGCCUGGGGCCGCAGGAGCAGGACGGCAGGACAGGCAGGCCGGACGGGGUACCAGCACCUCAAUUUCUUUCCCUGGGAUACUAUUCAAGCUCCGGAGGCCCUAGGCCAAGCUGAGCGAUGGGUGCUGAGGAGGAGGUGCUGGUCACACUGUCAGGGGGAGCCCCCUGGGGCUUCCGACUUCAGGGUGGGGCCGAGCAGAGGAAACCCUUACAGGUGUCCAAGAUCCGCAGACGGAGCCAGGCUGGCAGAGCAGGACUCCGAGAGAGGGACCAGCUUGUGGCAGUCAAUGGGGUCUCCUGCACCAGCCUCUCUCAUGCCAGUGCCAUGCAUCUUAUUGAUGCCUCGGGGAACCAGCUUGUCCUCACUGUGCGACGGUCAGCAGAGGAGGGACCCAUGCGAUCUCCAUCCCCGAGGGAGCUCCAGGUGCUGUCUCCUGUAUCCCCACUGAGUCCUGAGCCUCCUGGCGCUCCUGUCUCCCAGCCUCUUCAGCCUGGGAGCCUCCGCUCACCCCCUGACAGUGAAGCUUACUAUGGAGAGACAGAUAGCGACAUUGACGGCCCUGCCACCCAGGAGAAGCCUCGCCGCCCCCGGCGCCGUGGCCCCACACGACCCACCCCUCCAGGAGCCCCACCUGAUGAAGUCUACCUAUCAGACAGUCCUGCAGAGCCUGCACCUGCCACUCCUAGGCCUUCUAGCCAGGGCGGUGACAGCCGUGUGAGCUCCCCAUCUUGGGAGGAGGGAGUGGCUCUCCAGCCACCCCUAGCUGAAGCCCUACUGUUACCUCAUGGUCCCCUUCGGCCAGGCCCUCAUCUCAUCCCCAUGGUGGGGCCUGUUCCCCAUCCAGUGGCAGAAGAUCUUACUACCAGCUACACCCAGAAGGCCAAGCAAGCCAAGCUGCAACGGGCAGAAAGCCUUCAGGAGAAGAGUGUGAAGGAGGCCAAGACCAAAUGCCGGACCAUCGCCUCCCUGCUGACCGCAGCCCCCAACCCCCACUCCAAGGGGGUGCUUAUGUUUAAGAAACGGCGGCAGCGAGCCAAGAAGUACACUCUAGUGAGCUUCGGGGCCGCAGCCGGGACAGGUACUGGGGAGGAGGAGGACGGGGUCCCCCCAACCAGUGAGUCUGAGCUGGACGACGAGGCCUUCUCUGACGCCCGCAGCCUCACCAAUCAGUCGGACUGGGACAGUCCCUAUCUGGACAUGGAGCUGGCCAGGGUGGGUUCCAGCGCGACCGACAGCCAGGUCCCCGGGCUGACUGACGUCUCUGGGCGAGGGGUUCAGCUCUUUGAACAGCAGCGCCAGCGUGCUGCCUCCAGUACCCAGGAGCCUGCUCACGGUGGCCCAGCGGCCUUGUUCAAUGGGCAGGGUCUGCAGUCGCCGCCUCCUCCUCGGGCCCAGAGUGCUCCCCCGGAGGCAGCCGUGCCCCCGCCCAGCUCUCUGCCAGCCCCCAUCAGCAGCCCCAGCCCCUACCCUGCGGGGGGUGUGGCGCCCUCCACCCCGGCCGCCGGGGUCUUCAACCGGUCAGCCAGGCCCUUUACCCCGGGCUUCCAAGGGCAGCGGCCAGGUACUACCUCGGUCAUUUUCCGUCCCCUGGCACCCAAGAGGGCGAGUGAAAGCCAGAGAGGCCCGAGCCCCGCCCCACCUCCCUUCGUGUCCCCUCCGCCCAGCUUCACCACCACGGUGGAUCCCAGCCCCGCCGCCGCCUCCGUGCCGGCCUCUGGCUCCCCCAGUACCCCACGCUCCUCGGGUCCUGUGACUGCCACCAGCUCCCUCUACAUCCCUGCUCCCAGUCGGCCUGUUACCCCAGGUGGAGCUCCAGAACCUCCCGUCCCCCCCAGCGCAGCUGCCAUGACCUCCACCGCUUCUAUCUUCCUAUCGGCGCCUCUGCGACCCUCGGCGCGUCCAGAGGCGCCGGCCACCGGCCCCGGGACCCCCAGCAGCCGGGAGCAGCGCAUCUCUGUGCCGGCUGCCCGCACCGGCAUCCUGCAGGAGGCUCGGCGCCGCGGGACGCGGAAACAGAUGUUCCGACAGGGGAAGGAGGAGACCAAGAACUCGCCCAACCCCGAGCUUCUCUCGCUGGUGCAGAAUCUGGAUGAGAAACCUCGGGCUGGGGGUGCGGAAUCGGGUCCUGAAGACGACGCGCUGAGCCUCGGCGCCGAAGCUUGCAACUUCAUGCAGCCGCCAGGGGGCAAGAGCUACAAGACCGUGCCCGCUCCCAAGACCCCGCCCCCUGCGGCUCCUAAGACUCCACCUCCUGUGGCCCCCAAACCCUCGGCUCGAGGGCUCUUGGAUGGGCUGGUAAACGGGGCGGCCUCUUCAGCUGGAAUCUCUGAGCCACCAAGGCUGCAGGGCAGGGGUGGGGAGCUGUUUGCCAAGCGGCAGAGCCGUGCGGACAGGUAUGUGGUGGAAGCUACACCUGCUGCUGGCUUUGGCCUUGGUCCUGGCCCUCGACCCCGAAGCCCUUCUCCUACCCCUUCACUGCCCCCUUCCUGGAAGUACUCACCCAACAUCCGAGCCCCUCCUCCUAUUGCUUACAACCCACUGCUCUCACCCUUUUUCCCGCAGGCUGCCCGAACUCCCACCAGUAAGGCCCAAACACAGGGGCCGCGGGCAACCCCCAAACAGGGCAUCAAGGCUCUGGAUUUCAUGCGGCAUCAGCCCUACCAGCUUAAAACUGCCAUGUUCUGUUUUGAUGAGGUUCCCCCAACCCCUGGCACCACCUCAGGACAGCCCAAAACGGCCCGGGUCCAGGAGAUCCGCAGAUUUUCAACACCGGCACCCCAGCCCACUGCAGAGCCGCUGGCCCCUACGGUGCUUCCCCCGCGAGCGGCCACGACUCUGGAUGAGCCCAUCUGGAGGGCAGAGCUAGCCGCAGCCCCUGUAGCCAGCCCUGCCGUUCCUCCAGAAUCUCCUCGGGGCCUGGGGUCCUCCUCCAGCUCCUGUAGUUUCCAGGUAGCCAGGCCUCGGUUCUCAGCUACCAGGACAGGAUUGCAGGCUCACGUGUGGAGGCCUGGGGCAGGGCACCAGUGAGCAGGGCAGGGGUCCUCAGGACCAAGGAGAGGUGCCCCAUCCAGCCCCUACCCCCAUAGCUCCAUCCCUCUGGAGGCUGCAUCCCUUCCUGCCAAAGGUAGUUUUGGAGCUGGCAUCCCGUCUGCAGCUCUCUGCCCUGCUUUUCAACCUCUCCUGUCUGCUUCAGUAUCUCUCCAUCUCUUUGUGUCUCCUGGCCUGGAUUUCUCGUCUUUCCCCGCCGCUCUUCCCAUACUCCUCCACAGGUUUCUGUUUCUUUGCAUUCAUCUUCCCUCUGUGGCCUCAUUUUCACAUUUGGCCAAGAAGCACACGGCGUAGAAGGUGCCCAUGGGACCUCAGUGAAGAAACUUGACAGCGGGAAGACAGCAAAGGGACUGAACUGACCUGUUUGCACUGAGCUAUGCCUGCCUCACCGUGCUUUUUCAAUCUUGGCUGGCCUAUAAGUAGGUGUGCAUGGUGGUGCGCCUGCAAGUUUUGUGUGUGUGCGUGUGUGUAUGUGUGUGUAUACAUGGAUAUGCUCUGCUGUCCAAGGCAAGAGGAAGGAAGAAGUCUGAAUACCCAGCUGGGUUUUCUCCUUGGGUGACAGCAGAGUCCAUCCCCAUGUGCCGUCAAGUGGGGAGAGAGAAUUUCACCUGAGAAUAAAUCCUUAAAGACAAGCCAUCUAUGUAGUAGGUGCACAGGCUCUUGUAAAACCAAUGGGCUAUGAGAGGACAGCAGGGUCAGGACAGUGUGUAUGGCCUGUUAGACCAGCUAGACAAGGAAGAGAACAAGAAUUCAUGUAUUCCUGCUAAAUCUCAGCAGCAGCAACUGGAGAGGACUGUGCUGAGCAACCCAGGGUUCUAGAAAAAAUAAAAAGAUGGAAACUGUCCCCAGUGAAUAGUUCAGAUAGUUCAGUCUUUGUUGGCUUCCAGGGCCUCAGGGGCCUGAGGCAGAGAGGAGGGAGGCCGACCUAGGGUAUGAUGGAGAAACCAGGAGCGGAGCAGGCUUGAGAAGUGACAGAGCCACGGCAGGGGGAGGAGCCUGGUGAGGGAGAGUGUGGUUGGUAGAGUCAAGUUGAGUCACAAGAAGUCCCCGGGUGUAAGGAGGGGGUUGUGAGACUGUGAGAGGGGGAAGAAUGUGUUGGCUAGAGUGAAGG